AUGGGUUGGGGUGACAUUGGUAACAUUAUCGGUUGGGGUGGAGAUUUGACGCUAGUGAAUGGCUCGCCAUUUGACUGGACAGUGGGCUACCAGCAUUCAUACCAGAUGAACACAUGGAACUGGCCGACUGUGAAAGCAGGAACCGCCGAAAAAGUCCAUCUCGAGUUUGGACUAAAGGGACAUACUUGGGAUGAUGCAGGAGAGGCCUACUACAAUGUGGAUGGAACAUCAAAUAAGUUCACAGUCCUGGCACGAAAGCCAUCAGACUACGAGCUUACCAUAUCACUGGACAAUAUGCAAACGGAGCAAAGUCCCAACAUGACGAAAAUCAAGCUAGGAUUCCGAAAGGACGCGGCGGUAAACUGGAUCAUGUCUACCGAUGAGGCCGGAAAAUUCUGGACUAACACUGGAUCAUACGCCGACUGGAUGCAACAAAGUAUGGGAUCGCUAGCGAACAGAACACUAAGACAUAUUUGCAUGCCUGGCAGCCACGAUGCGGGAAUGGCUACUUUCCAUCCCGGCACUGUUGGCGCACAUUUUGCAAAUACGCAGGCGCAAUACCUUAACUUCUACGAUCAACUCAUGGCUGGAUCGCGCUUCUUCGAUCUCCGCCCUGUAUUCUCCAGAGGCCAAUGGGUAGCUGGUCACUACAGCGCCGUAGCUGGCGUUUGGUUCGGCGGCAAUGGUCAGUCGCUCAAAGACAUUAUACAGCAAGUCAAUGACUUUACCGCCAACCACAAAGAACUUGUCAUUAUAAAUCUGAGCCAUACGGUAGACACAGAUAGAGACUAUCAAGACCUGACGCAAGCCCAAUGGAACGACCUUUUCAACACCUUGAAGCAGAUCAACAACCGACACAUCGUCAACAACCCCGGUGGAACGGACUUCUCCAACAAGCGCUUAUCCGAAUUCAUCACCGACCGCGCUGCAGUCUUCAUCAUGGCACAACUGCCCGGGGGCAUGCAACUUGGCAAUUUUGCAAACGAGGGCUUUUACAGCGGCGGCAACUUUCCUUUUUACGACGAAUACAGCAAUAGCAAUAACCUGGAUGUCAUGAAGAAGGAUCAACUAGCCAAGCUCAAGCAACAACGUAAUAUUGUUGCCGAUGCGCAAGCAAGAAAGGAUGUGUUUCAUGUGUUUUCUUGGACACUGACGCAACAGCCUGAGGAUAUCAUUAACUUUGAUAAAAGCAUCAUGAACAUGGCUACCGGCGCCUUUGACGACCUCAUCAGUACCGCCUGGAACUCGUUCACACCGCAGAGCUUUCCCAAUGUGCUGUAUGUGGAUAGUCUGGGUGUGCGUGACAAGAGCGCCAUUUUUCCGUUUGACAGAGUCAAGGGCAGCUUGAACACAAACGUGGAUAUUGCGGCUUUUGCAGUUGCCGUGAACAAUGCUUUUGCGGGCAAGAAUUCCGUUGUUACGGGGAAGUGA